AUGGAAUGCGAAAGCGACACUGCAGAUGGCUGGAUUGAGUCUUGGGUUUCCCGCCCCAGCCCUCUCCAAUCGGCCAGGGACACUGCCGUUACUGGGGUGUUGAUAUUCGUCGUCGCACUCAUUCAGCCGCCUGGGCGAGCCUCAACCCGAUGGGCCACCGUGGCCCCAGUAUGUGCUGCCGUCGCAGCCCGGCUCUGGCUUCAUAUCAGCUCUCAUUAUGUGCCCGAGCCCUACUUGGACGAGAUCUUCCAUAUUCCGCAGGCUCAGAAAUACUGUCAAGGGAGAUACGACGAAUGGGACGACAAACUCACGACGCCCCCGGGCCUUUAUUUGUUGAGCAUGCUGGCUACACGCAAUAAUCCUUUUGCUGUGAUGUUCGCAAUCUAUGGCUGUGACGCCGGGAGCUUACGUGCAUUCAAUGCGCUUGCACUGCUAGCUCUAACAUAUCUGGCCAUGUUUGCGCGGCAGCAAAUCGAGGCCCGUCUUUACCAAGAAAACUCUGGGACAAGAAUAGGGGCUAGGUCGCAAUAUGCUGGACAUACUGCGCUCAACAUUGCCCUGUUUCCUCUGCUAUUUUUCUUCUCUGGGUUGUAUUACACGGAUCUGGUGUCUACUGCUGUGGUUUUGGCGGCGUUCCUCAACUCCCUACAUCGCAUGGGAGGCGACCGGCCCUCAUUCCUCAGCGACGUUUGCGCAGUGUUCCUCGGGAUCCUAUCUCUCUUAAUGAGACAGACUAACGUGUUUUGGGUUGUAGCCUUCAUCGGUAGUCUGGAGGGCAUCCAUGCGGUUAAGACUCUUCGCCCAGAACGAGUUAAACAACCAGUGAUGAUUACCCUGUGGGACCAGGUGAAUUUCUUCGCUUGGCGGUAUUCUAUCGGGGACAUUCAUGACCCUCCGCUUGACAGAGCUUGGCCUGAUGAUUGGCUUUUCUCUGUCCUGAGCAUCUUGAUCGCGGCGGUCUGCAAUCCCGUGCGAGUCUUGAGGCAAGUCUGGCCAUACAUUACUGUGCUGCUAUCUUUCGUUGCAUUCGUCAUCUGGAAUGGCGGCGUGGUUCUUGGUGAUAAAUCCAACCAUGUAGCGACGAUCCAUUUGGCUCAGAUGCUAUAUAUCUGGCCAUUUUUCGCAUUCUUCUCACUCCCCUUAUUACUUCCAUAUGCCCUGUAUCCUCUCAAUAUAGCCUGGAACUUCGUCUUUCCUAGAAGUGAGCCAGCGCACUCUGGUUCGUCAAGAAAGGACACAGAUGAAGGCAAGAAGAGAGGAAAGGGCCAAGACAAUUCUCAGCCCAAAUCUCCCCAAAUCUCUACAUCCCUCCAGUUUGUCUCCAGCCUGCUUAGCCGGUUCGUUAUUUGGCCCGUCUACCUCACUGUUACAGUGAUUUUAUCGCUGGUUGUGGUGCGAUUUAACACCAUCAUCCACCCAUUUACCCUCGCAGACAACCGGCACUACAUGUUUUACAUCUUCCGCUACACGAUUCGGCGUGGGGCAGCAAUCCGCCUCCUGCUGGUGGCCCCUUAUACGCUCUCUCGAUGGAUGGUCUGGGGAACGUUGGCUGGAAGCGAAGCCUGGCCGUUUACAUUUAUUUCAGGAGACGUGGACAACUCUACACCAACGACGGAGCCCUUAUUUGUUAACCAUCCCUUAUGGAUACGCCAGGACAAGAAAGCCAAGCGACAGACAAACGCACAGUAUCCACAGGCCUCGGAGAAGACACAGCUGGAAGUUGAGGAGGUUCUUGCCAAUGAUCCGCUGGCCUUUUCCACAGAGUCGGUGUCGACGUCAACGGCCAUCGUGCUUCUCCUGGCAUCGAGCCUGUCUCUCAUCACGGCACCCCUGGUUGAGCCUCGUUAUUUCAUUAUCCCCUGGGUCGUGUGGCGGCUCAUGGUCCCGGCCUGGAGACUUCCCACCGGCGGACUGUUCGCCUCCGUGCAACCCACUGGACCGGUCGGCAGGCUGCUCGAGUUCUUCCGUCACUACGACCUCCGGCUUGUACUAGAGACAGUCUGGUUCUUGGCAAUCAACGUCGUCACGGGGUACAUCUUCUUGUUCAAGCCGUUUCAGUGGAAAGCAGAGGACGGGAGCCUGCUCGACGAGGGCCGUUGGCAGCGGUUCAUGUGGUAA